AUGCAAUACAUAUGUGAUGUAAAGCCACACAAUGUUAAGGACACUCUAAGCGUCAAUGAGGCCAAACGUACCAUUAAAUUGUUGACACAACCGUUGGCUGAUAUUAGUAAAAAUAUUGCCGAUAAUAUCAAUGAAUGUCAGAUACAGACAGAAAAUAUUUUGCAAUUUAAGGGUACAAUUGAAGAACUGAAAUGCGAACUUUAUAUACCAGUUAUUGAUAUCAAGUCCAUACCAUUGGAUCAUCCGAUGACUGUAUGCUCGGACAAGGAUUGUUGUGAACUAAUGAAUAUUAACGGACAGGUAGUCAAACAUUAUAAUAAAGUUUGUCACAAAAUCUGUUACUUGAAGUACGACGACGGAAAUGUUAUCGGAAAUGAAGGCUUUCUGGACUGUAAAGCAUUCAAUGAAUAUAAAAGAUUAAGUGACUAUUUUGAGGUCAACCCCAAAGAUGCAAACUUGUAUCCGGACAAUGAUAUGGAUAACGUGGACCCGGAAACUGGACUCAUGACUGUAUGUAAAUCUAAACGCAUCAAACAUGACAAUUGUCAAAAAUGCCAACACUGUUAUCAAACACAUCUACACGUAAAAUAUAAGACUAAUAAAGUAGAAUCAAAGUGCAGGGAUGAGAGUAAGUAUAACCAGAUAACCGAUAAUCAGAAGGCAAUCGAAGCUAAAGAAGAAAUUGUCGGACAAUUGAUGAACAGACAAUCGGAAUACGAAAAUGAGAGUAAAUUUAUAACCGAUUGUAUGGCAAAGUUUGCCGCUUUUCUCAAACACAACGCAAUGACACCGUUUAACGACGCUUUCGAAGAUUACGUCAAAUAUUUAAUUAGAAAUGAAAAGCGCGUCAAAACAUUUGUGUCGUCGGGUGAUAGUCGACGACGACAAUCCGUGGAACAAUUGGAACAGUUGUUACAACAAUACCGACACGAAAAACGUGUUAUAUUGGAGUCAAUGAAAAGGGGAGACAAAAACUACUGUACCAUCACUUUGGAUGACAUUCAACAAUGUGUGACUAAAUUGUAUGAAUUGCCAUUAAAUGGCCAAAAGAUACAGGAGUUGCUUAAUAUGCAAUUGUCUAUUAGCGACAAAAUACACAUUAAUUCACAACAAAAAGUUAUUGAAUUGCCGGUUCAAAUAGUAUGA